AUGAAACGUGGAACUUUAAUACUUGAAGAUGGUUCUAAAUUCGAUGGUUUUACAUUUGGAGCAUCAACUAAUACUGCUGGUGAAGUUGUGUGUCACACUGGUAUGGUCGGUUAUGUAGAAUCAUUAACUGAUCCAUCUUAUUGUGGACAAAUUCUAGUUCUUACUUUUCCGCUUAUAGGAAAUUAUGGUGUACCUGAUGACAAAACUAUUGAUGAUUUUGGUAUACUUCGAUGGGUUGAAUCGAAUAAAAUUUAUGCAUCAGCAUUAAUUGUUAGUGCUUAUACAGAAGACUAUAGUCAUUGGAAUGCUAUUGAAUCUCUUUCAUCAUGGCUCAAAAAACAUAAUGUUCCUGGUCUUUAUGGAAUUGAUACACGUACGAUAGCUAAAAAUUUUGUUGAAGAUGGAACAAUGCUUGGAAAAAUUGUUAUGGAAGGAACUGAUCCAAAAAUGAUUUCAUUUCACGAUCAAAAUAGAAUUGAUCUUAUGACACUAGUUUCUAUUCGAAAUCCACGUGUCUUUAAUCCAACAGGAAAAAUAUCUAUUGUUUGUAUUGACUGUGGACUUAAAAAUAAUCAAUUACGAAUUUUAUGUCAACUCAAUGCAAAAGUAACGAUUGUUCCUUGGAAUCAUCCUGUUAAACAAGAUGAAUUCGAUGGUCUUUUUUUGAGUAGCGGCCCUGGUGAUCCACAAAUUCAAUGUUCAGAUACUAUUGUAACUAUAAAAUCAUGGAUUGAUAGUGAAACUAUUAAACCAAUCUUUGGUAUUGGUCUUGGUCAUCAAUUAAUGGCUUUAGCUGUUGGAAUGAAAAUAAUGAAGUUUAAAUAUGGGCGUCGAGUUCAUAAUCAAUUAUGA